AUGUCACCUGGCUGUGGCAACAUCACCAUCAUCACCAUCAUCCAGGUGGAUCGGACCCUUCACACUCCUAUGUACGGCUUCCUGGCGGUGCUGUCCCUCUCCGAGACCUCCUACAUGCUAGUCACCAUCCCCAACAUGCUGGCUCAUCUGCUCAUGGAGAGCCAGGCCAUCUCCAUCCCCGGCUGUCGGGCUCAGAUGUUCUUCUUCCUGGGCCUGGGAUGCAGCCACUGCUUCCUCCUUACCCUGAUGGGUUAUGACCGCUAUGUGGCCAUCUGCCACCCCCUGCGGUACUCGGUGAUGAUGAGACCCACAGUUUGCCUCUGCCUGGGAGCCCUGGUUUUCUGCUCCGGCUUCUCGGUGGCCUCGAUUGAGACCAGCAUGAUCUUCUCCUCGCCUUUCUGCGGCAGCGACCGCGUGGAGCACUUUUUCUGUGACAUCGCCCCGGUCCUGAAGCUCAGCUGCUCCGAGAGUGCCGGCAAAGCUCUGGCCAUCUUCUUCCUGAGCGUCCUCGUGGUGCUGGUCUCCUUCCUCCUCAUCCUCCUCUCCUACGCCUUCAUCGUGGCCGCCGUCGUGAGGAUCCCCUCCGCAGCCGGCCGGCGCAAGGCCUUCUCCACCUGCGCGGCCCACCUCACCGUGGUCAUUGUGCAUUUUGGCUGCGCCUCCGUCAUCUACCUGCGGCCCGAGUCCGGGGGAAGGCCUGACAAGGACCGCCUGGUGGCUGUGUUCUACACGGUGGUGACGCCGCUGCUGAACCCCGUGGUGUACACCCUGCGCAACAAGGAGCUUUUUCAUGAACGCAUGUUCCGCCUGACGCUCAGUUUCCCCCCCUUGGAAAAUAGGGGCCGCUCGCAUACCCUUGAAUCAAAUAGCCUCUUCAAUGAAGCAGUUGACAGUGGCUGA